CUACAGAUAUAUGUUUAUUUCUUCUGGAAAGGAGAAAGGGGAGAAGGGUAUGAAGAAUAGUUGCGCUACUGCAAGUGGCAGUGCUAUGGAAGGAAAGGAUGGAGAGAGACUGCAUUACCUGCACAAAUCACCAGUCGCACGUGCUACCGCCAAGAUAACAUGUACUGUCCACCUUCGUGUCACCGACAGCUUGAUAGCCAGCCGCAUCCGACGUCAAAAAGUCGGCGAUCUUGAAAGAUUUAAUCUUGUUGUCGUACGGGUCAAGAUUGGGGUAUGUAAUUCCUUGAUUAAGGUUAAGCGUUCCACUCCAACGGAAAUAGUUGCCCUUGCAGUCCUUAUCGUCGUAGAGUGUCGAGCUAAAAGUAUAAGAAGGGCUAACGUCCAAGUUGAAGAACUUGAACGAAGAUGCCCUUCCUAUGGUCUUCAUGUCCAGAUUGAUACACCGUUGGUAUGUUGCGAUGGGGCAGACGACACAUCCGGCCUUAAAUUUUUUUUCCUCCCAGAACCUAACAUAGUUCCCAGAGACUUGACCUUGGAGCAGCAGAGCAAUGAUAGCAACGAAAAAAACGCGGAACGUAGACGACAUGUUUGCAGGAUUGAGCAGCGACGAGGCAAGGAUUAGUGGGGAGUCGGAGAGGGCCUGAGUGGCUAAUACAGUGUAGGGAGGAGAGUAGACAAGGAAAGACAA